AUGGAGGCUUGCUAUUCCGGUUUAACGGAGGCUUGCUAUUUCGGUUCCAGGCCCGUGCCACCUUGCCGUCCCUGGGGAUUUUGCUCCCUCGUCAACUUUGCCUUCUACCCCUUCGACAAAAUGUGCAUUGCAGGAGCCGAGGAUCCAGGAGGCCGCACCCCCCGGCCCAUCACUAUAAGGCCUCUGGCACUCUUCACAUCCUUCCUUGCUGUGAUGAUAGCCGCCUAUCUUUUCAAGCAGAAACGGCGACAACCUCCAUUACCCCCGGGCCCCCGCGGAGUCCCCAUCUUCGGCAACCUCUUCCAAAUUGCACCCAAAUACCAGUGGCGUCAACAGCAGGAAUGGUCCCAAAAGUACGGCCCAAUCUUCAAGCUACAAUUGGGUGUUCACAUGGUCAUUGUCCUCGGGACGUACCAGGCCGCGCGGGAUUUGCUGGAUAAGCGGUGGAAGAUAUACUCCGAUAGACCGGGUUUCGUGGUCUCCGCUAAGUACAUUUCAGGGGGAUUCCGGACUCUCCUUAUGCGCGGAGAGAUGUGGAACGCCCACCGCCGGCUCCAAGCAACAGUGUUAUCCCCGCGCAUGUCCCAAAAGUACAAACCGGUGCAAGACCUCGAAAGCAAGCACCUCAUCCACGCCCUCCUAAAAAAGCCAGACGACUUCGCCCGGCAAUUCCACCGCUACUCCGCCUCACUAGUUCACUCCCUGGGAUAUGGCAAGCGCCUGGUCACUGGACGCGAGGAGGAGGUCCAGACGGUCGACACCAUCAUGCGGAACUUCACUGAGGCUGGUCGUGUGGGGAAAUGGUGGGUGGACAUGUUCCCCAUUCUCGAACUCAUCCCAAAGUACUUUGCCGAGUGGAAGAGAAUCUCCGCCAAGAUCUUUGAGUACGAGUCCAACUUUCACAUUAAGAAUCUAAACGAGGCCCUGGAGCGGAAGGGGUGGAAUUGGGCGAAGCUGUAUAAGAAUUCGUCAUUUUCGCAAGGGAUGUCGGACUUAGAGGUUGGAUAUGACCUUGGAACUCUAAACGAAGCCGCCAGCGAUACAACCACCAUCGCUCUAGAAGUCUUCAUGCUAGCGAUGUUAAAAUUCCCGCACGUCGCCCGUCGCGCACAGGAAGAACUUGAUCGGGUAGUCGGUGAAUCUCGAUCGCCAACCUGGCAGGACAAGGACUCCCUCCCGUACAUUGAAAAGGUCAUCCAAGAGACACUGCGAUGGCGCCCGGUCGCUAUAAACGCAUUCUACCAUGCGGUAACUGAGGAUGACGAGUACCUAGGCUACCGCAUACCAAAGGGUUCCUGGGUUGUGGCGAAUUCCUGGGGGAUACAUAUGGACCCGGAGCUGUACCCGAACCCGAGCGACUUCAAUCCCGACCGCUACGAUGAUGAGAAGCUCGGACAUGUGGCUUUCGGCUUUGGGCUUAGGGCUUGCACUGGGAAGCACAUUGCUAAGAAUUCGUUGUACAUUAAUAUCUCAAGGAUAUUGUGGGCGUUCGAUAUUGGGCCGAAGAUGAGGGCUGAUGGGACGGAGGUCCUGGUUGAUGAGAUGGCGUUCACGACUGGGUUUUUGUCCCGGCCGUUGCCAUUUGAGUGCUCGAUUAGGCCGAGGGAUCAAGGCCGUGUGGGGGUUAUUGAGACGGAGUGGGCCGAAGCGGAUAAGUCCCUUCUUUCAAUCAUGGCCGAGGAGAAGUUUAUUUAGGCGGUUUCUUCCCCUAUCGAUCUUGGCUACGUUUUCUAACUUCACCUUUCUCCGCCUCUCUUAUUAUUACCAUAAAUUUAUUUUCUUACAAUA